UGUAUAACUAAUAAAAGAUGUUUUACAUGCUCUUUAAAGUCAUUGGUACAAUCUUGAUUCCACCUUUAAUAUGGGUUGUAUGGAUUUAUAUCAAACAUCUUGUUGACUGCUUGUCCUAUCCUCAAGGACCAUUUCCUCUUCCAUUUAUGGGAAAUGUUCAUUUAAUAAGAAAUAGGGAGUCUUAUAAAGUGUUUUCUGAAUUUCAGAAGUUUUAUGGCAGCGUUUUUGGAUUUAGCAUUGGCUCAACCAGAUAUGUGGUUGUAAAUAACUUAGAAGGAGUUCAAGAGGUUUUGAUCAAAAAAGGUUCACAGUUUGCUGGCCGCCCAAGACGAGCAACUUGGAGUAGAGCUUUAAAUGGACUUGUUGCUUGUGAUCCUGGUCCGCGUUUUAAAGUUUUACGAAAACUAGCAUCAUCAUCUUUAAAAAUUUAUGCAGAAGGAUUGGUUGGAAUGGAAAAAAAAGCUGCAGAUGAAUACAGUCACUUGAAUAAAAAGCUUCAAACUAUGAAUGGAAAACCAGUUUCUUUGCAAAAUAUGAUAGAGUUAGGUACCCUCAACAUCAUUUGUACUAUUUUGUUCAAUCAUCGAUAUGAAGAAGAUGAUAAAGAAUUUCAGGAUAUCAUCAAAUACUCAAAUCUGACUGUUAAAAUUUUUGGUGGAACAAGCAUUUUAUCUUCUAUUCCAUGGCUGCGUUUUUUACCAUCAGCUUCUUCAAGAAGCAUAUAUGAGAUAGUAAGAAUACGUGAUCCACUUUUGAAAAAAAAGCUACAAGAGCACAAGAGCUCGUUUGAUGAGAAUAACUUACGUGAUGUGACUGAUGCAUUAAUUAAGGUUUCUUUGGAUUCAGAUAUUGCAAAAGGUUCCGAAGAAAAAAUUUCUGACGAAAACAUAGAGUUUCUUUUAAACGAUUUCAUAAUUGCCGGAUCAGAAACUUCAUCAAAAGAUAAACUUUAUAACGAAAUUAUAAAAGUUACAUCAGGUAAGCGUUACCCAUGUUUAAACGAUCGCCCCUUGCUUCAUUUAAUGCAAGCCACAAUUCAUGAAACACUUCGAUUGUCAUCAGUAGGUCCUCUUGCUAUAGUUCAUAAAGCGAUGGAAAACAGUUCCAUAUGUGGAAAACCAGUUCCCAAAGGAGCUUUUAUACUAACAAAUUUAUGGAGUAUACAUCAUGAUGAAAGUUAUUGGAAAAAUCCAAUGUGUUUUUAUCCAGAACGUUGGUUAGAAAAAUCUGGUGAGUUUAAUUCUAAGUUAGGGUAUGCAUUUUUGCCGUUUUCAGGCGGACCUCGUAGCUGUUUAGGAGAAGCACUUGCAAGAACAGAGUUGUUUGUCUUUUUUUCACGAUUAGUAACAGAUUAUCGGUUUGAAAAACCAAAUGGUGAGGAGUUACCGCGUUUGAAUGGUCGUUUUGGUCUCACUUGCUCUCCUUUUGACUUAAAAUCGGUGGUUGUUCCAAGAUGUUAAUUGAUUUUAUAGUUUUUUAGUCUUAAUAUUGAUAAUAAUUAUUUUUUGGUCAAAGA